CGUACGAAACAAGAUUCAGAUUCCACAUUUUUCUCACAGUAACAGAUUUAUUGCUGUUUUAUAUCCAGUAUAUAUAAACAAUGACACAUUUGAUCAUUUCUUUUAUAGGGAUCAAAGUCUUUGCAGAUGUCUGUGAGCAGCGUGGUCUCAAACACGCCCACAUUUAUUAUUUCAUGUUGUUUGAUUUGGAGCUCGUCUUCCUCGUGUGUCUCUCACCUUUCUUCCACAUCGACACAAAAUGAUAAAUCCCACCCACGAGCUUUAAAAACUCCUCGGCUCCCGACUCUCACCAGUCUCUCGCCAUGACAGCGGAGAUGACUGUGGACUACAGUGGGACGUGGGACAUCAUCAGCAACGUCAACUUUGAUGGGUACAUGAUUGCACUAGACAACGACUAUGCAACACGCAAACUUGCCAAGAUGUUGAGUCCCCAGAAGGUCAUUAAACAGGAAGGAGACUCUUUCACCAUCAAGACCGUCACCGCAUUUAGAAACUACGAGUGCUCUUUCACGAUUGGACAAGAGUUCACAGAAGUGACUUCAGGAAUGGACAACCGCAGCUGUCAGAGUGUGGUGACCUGGGACGACAACAAGCUGGUGUGUGUUCAAAACGGACAAAAGAAGAACAGAGGGUGGACACACUGGAUCGAAGAGGACCAGCUGUUCUUGGAACUGACCUGUGAGAACCAUGUCUGCAGACAAGUUUAUAAAAGGAAGCCGUGACCUUUGAACUGACGUUUGGCUGCUGCUUCUUUACGAUUUAAGUCCAUUGUCCUAAAAUAUAGUUUAAACGUCCAAAUGACUUUACACUUAAAAAAGUCUAAAGGUGGUUUUGGUUUUGGAGAUUUGACACUGAGGACUUUUUGUUUAGUAGUGAAUACUACCAUGACUGAGCAGUGAUGCCAAAGUGAUUGAUGUUAGACGAAAAUAUACAAGCCACUAAAUGAGUCUUUAAAGAAGCAGUAAAAAGAACUCUUCUGCUGAAAUAAAACUCAAUGAAAUCAUGUUUUAAAAG